CAUGUCGUUUGGGAAGAGUCACCGGGAUCCCUACGGGACCUCCGUGGGCCACCUCAUAGAAAAGGCUACAUUUGCUGGAGUUCAGACUGAAGACUGGGGCCAGUUCUUGCACAUUUGUGACAUAAUCAACACCACCCAGGACGGGCCAAAAGAUGCAGUAAAAGCUUUGAAGAAAAGGAUUUCCAAAAACUACAAUCAUAAAGAAAUCCAACUUACUUUGUCACUUAUUGACAUGUGCAUGCAGAACUGUGGUCCACGUUUCCAGUCUCUGAUUGUGAAGAAGGAAUUCGUGAAAGACAAUUUAGUUAAGCUGCUGAAUCCCAGAUACAACCUGCCAUUAGACAUUCAGAAUAAAAUCCUGAAUUUCAUUAAGACUUGGUCACAGGGUUUCCCAGGAGGUGUGGAUGUAAGUGAAGUGAAAGAAACCUACCUUGACCUGCUUAAGAAAGGUGUGCAGUUUCCUACCUCAGGCUCAGAGGCUGAAACAAGACCAGAGACUGCUCAGAUCUCAUCGAAUCCACCAACAUCUGUUCCUUCGGCACCGGCUCUUCCCUCCAUAGUUGUUCCCAAGAAUCCGACCAUUACGUUGGUCCCAGAACAGAUUGGAAAACUGCACAGUGAGUUGGACAUGGUGAAAAUGAAUGUGAGAGUGAUGUCUGCCAUCCUGAUGGAGAAUACCCCUGGGUCUGAAAACCAAGAAGAUAUAGAGCUGCUUCAGAAACUUUAUAAGACGAGUCGAGAGAUGCAGGAGAGGAUCAUGGACCUUCUGGUGGUGGUGGAGAAUGAAGACAUAACUGUUGAGCUCAUUCAAGUGAAUGAGGACUUGAAUAAUGCCCUCCUUGGAUAUGAGAGAUUUGCUCGAAACCAACAAAGGAUUUUGGAUCAAACUAUGCACCAAGAAGAAGCUGCCAAUACUACCAGUGGACCUUCUGCCCCAUCCUGUGAUCUCCUCGACCUAAGCCCCAACCCUCCGACCCCUAGAGCCUCUCUGGGAGAACUCAGCUCGGUGAAUGCUCAGCUUUCAGACUUAAGUAAAUAAACACUCAGGCCUUUUCAGACCA